GGUCUUUUUUCUUUUUUUCUUUUUGGGUUUAUUCUGAGGUUCUUUUUUUGCUGCAAAUUGAUGAGCAUGUACAGAGGGAGAUCAUGAAUCACAGAUCAUUGAAACAUCCCAAUGUUUUGAGAUUUAAAGAGGUGGCAUAAUCACCUUAAUCCAAAUAUCAGCAAGGAGGCCUGGACGCAAGAAGAGGAAUUGACUUUGAUUAGCGCCCAUCAAAUUUAUGGGAACAAGUGGGCAGAGUUGACAAAAUUUUUGCCUGGGAGCCUCCUGUGUAGGAAGAUGGAUGAGAAGAAAGAAUUUGUUGAUUUAUCUUCUAUGAUGCUCUUUGAGGCCACAGGUGAUUCAGAGGCCAUUUCUGAGCUAAAUAUAGCUGCAGUGGAUGCAGAGCUGAUGGGUGCAGCGGAAGAUGAUGCACUCUCAUGCAGCUGUGAUGACUUGAUGGACUGUGAGCUUGGCAAGUUUGAUGGCCUAGGGCAUACCCAUGUUGAAGUUUAUCAUGUUGCUGAUCAUGGUGAUGAAGAGGAGGAAGAUAUUGAUCAAGAUUGGACUGAUGGUGGUGAUGAUGAAGUGGUGAUGAGCAGCACUGCAAAAGCAAGGGAACACAAGAAAUUGAGGGUUUGUGUUGAUUCAGCCAUGGAAUUGAUGAAUGAAGUGGUGAUGAGCAUCCUAUUUCCAGCUGCUUUAUUCUUAAUUUUUUCAAUUGUGAAUAUUUGACUUUGUAAGUUAUAUGUUCUUGAAGAUGUUUUUGAUCUGAUUUUGCUGCUGAUUUUGUUUGUGAGUCAACUUUGGAGCAUCUGAUUUUGUUUAUUCUGCCUACUCCAUGGCAAGUCUACAACCUUUUGUCUGCUUGCUGUUAUGUACCUAUUUAUACUGUCAAGAUCUCAUUAUUUUCGUUCUAUAGAGCCUCCAUUAGGAUGCUCUGAAGUUGGAGGAAAAGAAAUCUGAGAAUUCUUUCUUUUUCUUCCAGUCUCCAACUUGUACAUGAUUUGAUUUUGAUUUUGAUUUUUUUUUGUUUCUCCAUAUGCACCUUCAGAACUACACUGUUUAUACAGAAUUUGCA